AUGGAAAGAUUACAACAGCUCGCUAAGCAGUCUCUUUCUGCUAGCUCACCACCGCUGCCUCCAGCUCACCCUUUGGAUCCUCUUUCUCCACAAGAGAUUUAUGCGGUGUCAUCGCUUUUGAAAGCUAAACACAGUGGUAAGAAGCUUACUUUUAAUACCAUUACUUUAAGAGAGCCACCUAAAAAGGCAUAUUACGACUGGAAGGAGAAAAAUGGUGCAUUACCUCCUCGUAUGGCUUAUUUCGUUAUCGUUGAAGAGGCUGUUUCAGCUCUUCAAGAAGGUGUAAUUGACAUUCCAAGUCAGACAAUUAUUGAGUUACGUCUGGUUGAAGGUGUUCAGCCCAUCUUGACACCUCAAGAUUUGCAAAGAACAGAAGAGAUUAUUAGAAAAGAUCCUGAGGUGAUUAGACAGUGUGUUUUAAGCGGAGUUCCAGAGAGUGACAUGAAUAACAUUUACUGUGAUGCAUGGACCAUCGGCUAUGAUGAAAGAUGGGGCGCGUCUAGACGUUUGCAGCAAGCUCUUAUGUACUGGAGAUCGGAUGAGGAUGAUUCCCAAUACUCUCAUCCUUUGGAUUUUUGUCCCAUUGUUGAUAUGAAUAUUGGUAAGGUUAUUUAUAUUGAUAUUCCAAAUAGAAGAAGAAAGGUCUCAAAACAUAAGCAUUCCAGCUACCAACCAAAACAUAUAAAGGAAAAAUUUGGAACGGCUGAAAAUCCAUCUGGCUUCAGAAAUGAUGCGAAACCAAUUAAUAUUACCCAGCCUGAAGGCGUCUCAUUUCAGAUGGAGAAUAAUGUUAUGGAGUGGUCCAACUUCAAAUUUCAUAUUGGUUUCAAUUACAGAGAGGGAAUUGUUUUGAGUGAUGUCACUUAUAAUGACCAUGGUAAGGUUAGACCAAUGUUCCAUCGUAUUUCUUUAUCAGAAAUGAUUGUCCCAUACGGUUCUCCAGAAUUUCCUCAUCAACGUAAGCAUGCUUUGGAUAUUGGUGAAUAUGGUGCAGGCUACUGCACAAAUCCAUUAGCUUUGGGCUGUGAUUGUAAGGGUGUAAUCCACUAUUUGGAUGCUAAUUUCACUGACAAAGAAGGUAUGCCUCUCACUAUAAAGAAUGCUGUCUGUAUUCAUGAAGAAGACGAUGGCCUUUUGUUCAAACAUUCAGACUUUAGAGAUGAUUUCCAAACCACUGUUGUCACAAGAGGUAAAAAAUUGAUCGUCUCUCAAAUUUUCACUGCUGCAAAUUACGAGUAUUGUUUGUAUUGGAUUUUUAGACAGGAUGCAACUAUCAAGUUGGAGAUCAGAUUAACAGGAAUUUUGAAUACCUAUAUUUGCGCUGAGGGCGAGAGUACUGGACCUUGGGGUACUCAAGUUUAUCCACAAGUUAAUGCACACAAUCAUCAGCACUUGUUUUCUUUAAGACUUCACCCCAGAAUCGAUGGUGAUAAUAACUCUGCAGCUACGAGUGAUGCUAAACUGUCUCCUCAUUUGACAGGGUCUGGGGAAAACAUGUACGGGAAUGCAUUCUAUUCGGAAAGAACAACAUUUAAGACUGUCAAAGAUUCUCUCACUCAUCCUUCUGCGGUCAGAACUUGGGAUAUGUUCAACCCAAGCUCAAUCAAUCCUUAUUCUGGAAAGCCCGCGUCUUACAAAUUGGUGUCUACCUUUUGUGCCCAAGCAUUGGCUCAUGAGGGAUCGCUUGUUCGCAAAAGAGCUCCUUGGAGUACUUACACUACUGAAGUUAUUCCCUACGCUGAUGAAGACCGUGGAUAUGGAAAGCUUUAUCCAUCUGGCGACUUUGUUGCCCAAUGGAGUGGAGAUGGUAUGAGAGGUAUGAGGAAGUGGAUCGGUGAUGGCACAGCAAACAUUGAAAAUACUGAUAUUUUGUUUUUCCACACAUUUGGAAUCACACACUUCCCAGCACCUGAAGACUUUCCUGUUAUGCCUACAGAAGUAUUUGACUUGCAAUUGAGGCCUAGACAUUUUUUCACUGAAAACCCAUGUCUCGAUAUCAAACCAUCUUACGCAAGGACUACAUCUGAGGUUAAAGCAGGUGCUUCAGGUACCGAUACAUGUUCUUUGUCGGUAGACAAGACAUCUAAAUUGGCUUUUAGUAACACUUCUUCUAACGGUUCGUGCUGUUCCUCUAAGUAG